AUGGGUACCAAAGGUUUGUUGGAGGAAAGCAAUGUUGCUAACGGCAGUGUGGAUCUUGCUGGAACCACUGUAAAUUUUAACGGCAGGUUUCGUUCACGAGCAAUAUCUUCUGAGGUCUCUAACAAAACAAUGAAGAAUGGCCCUAUAUCGAUACUGAUUUACAGUAAGAGUCUCUCCAUUGCUGCCGUCAAAAAACAUUUUGCAGAGCGACCAAUUUGGUCUAAGGUAGCAUUGAUGUGUGUGACCGGCUACUCCAGUGAACAGAUGAAGUUCCUACUGCCAGCCGUCGCAUACUAUUUUGUAACCGGCCCCUUCCGCAUAAUGUGGGUCCGAAUCGGCUACGACCCCCGCAAACACCCUGCAGCUCGCAUCUACCAGUCCAUUGACUAUCGAAUCCGGGUGCAAGGCGGAACACAAAGUUAUGUGAAGGCUAAGCGGAGUUAUACACAGUACUUGUUGCCGUACAAGUCGACCCCAUCCAGCAGACCCAAGACUGCCAUCCUGUCCCAGCAAGCAGAGGAGAAACCUGUGGAACCUGAUAGCGGACUUACGGAGAACCACUACAUCUUCCGGCCCGGGAUGAUUCCCCCUUCCAGGCAGAUGUUCUAUCAGCUGUGUGACAUCAAAGUGCCGGAGAUAGAGCUAAUGGUGGAGCGUUUGCCGAGGAUACAACCGGGAGUCAAAUGCCAUGAAAGGCUUGGCUGGCUGCCUGCAGGGUUUGCCGAGCAGUGUCGUGACAUCAUUAACAAUUUGGUUGUCGAGCAGAUCAAGAUUGUCAGGGAGAACAAUUCACAGCCUGGCACAAGUGAGGAAUUUUCCGAGUACCUUGAGGAGGAGCAAGACAAUGAAGACACCGAGGAAAACGAUGAUGAAGAUUGGGAGGAUUAUGAUGACAGCUGAGCCUCAACCUCUUGGACCAUGGAGAAGCAGGAGAAUGAUAACAAGGAAAACGAUGAAGAAGAUUCGGAUGACUAAUGGCAAUUAAGACUCAUCCUUCAUCCUGUUGUACUCUGGGCUGUGAUUUGAAAAUAUAUUUUUAUCAUUCUUGUUUUAA